GAGUACCAGUGUUUUAUGGGAAACGACUGCCUAUCUCCUUUACCUGGACAUAGGAUAACACUAUUGACUUCCGUACUUACAUUUUUGGAGACAUGACUUGUGCAUUUAUUCGAACAGUAGUCGAUGUCACUUGUUUUUGUUUAAAUAAAAUCUAGAGCAACCCACACUGGGAUUUGUUCCGUGGGCGCGUUUACAAACAUAUGUGUACUUCACACUAUAAGGCCCAGACUUCACUAAUGUGAAAUUAAGAAUGAUAGUGAGAAAUUUCUCCUCUCAAGGAUGCUACUGAGUGGGCGAGACGAGAUGUUUGAAUAACGAAUUUCCUUAUAUGUUUAAAAACUUCUCCGCUCCGCUAUAGUGUAGUCUCAGCCUAAGCUCCGGUCCAAAACAACUGCUUACCGUCGCGCCGUCCAAAUAAUGGCGUCUAAAGCUGAUUUCGGCCACGGCAGCUGUUCUCAUGUGUAAGGUUUUACAAUUUAAUAGUGUUUAAAACUCUUUCGAUUGUAAAACUGGCAACUGACAACUGACGUCAGACGGAACGCGGGUUUCUUUAAAAAAAAAGAAAAACAAAAGAAGGGGAAUAAAAGACGGGACUUAGCUGGUCGGGGUUGGCUUUGGUAGUUAGCGAUUUGAAUGCUGGUAAUUUUGUGUUUGAUUUAGAUACGAAUACAUACGAAUUUGUGAAACUUGAGAAUAAAUGCUCAUUGUAAACUGAAUUAGUAAACUGGUUUUUCUCCAACGAGUAUACUAGAGACACUUUCCACCACUACAACCAGAAGAGUCUUACAAUUCAGAAGCGGGAUCACCAAGGCCACAAAUAUCACGUUCUGGCCAUGGAUCAACGAUCCGAACGUGAGGCAAGUCAUCAUCGUCUGGAGUCCACGUCUCGGGGCCACACGCGGUUUAGUGGAAGGCGCUGCCGCAGCCGCAGUCGCAGCCGGAGCCACAGCCAUAGCAGGAGCCACAGCCGGAGCCACAGCCUACGCUUGAGGGAGCGUGAAGUGGCGGUGGAGCGAGAACGAGAACGUCUACGUUUGUUAGAGCAAGACCUGCAGGAAGAGCGUGAGAGAGAAAGCCGGCAGCAUGGCGCACGUCGAAGGCGACAAGAGGACGGCGGGGUUGACGAGAGACAGCGCGAGUCUGCUAGCAACGGGCGUCGGUUGCAAAGGUCAUGUAGUCCUUCUUUUUCCUCCAAGGAUAUUUUACAAAUAAUUCAGUCUAUUAAAGGAGGUUUGCAGCCUCAGCCUUCUCAGAAUACACAUUCGAGCUACAGAAACUUGGAUUAUAAAAAUAUCUUGCCCGAAUUUAAUCCCACUAACAAAAGCCAGCGCAUGGAUGUUUGGUUGAAGAAGGUCAACGAAUGUGCUUCUGUGUAUGGUUGGGAUGACAAGACUAUUGUACAUUUUGCUAUGCAGAAACUGCAAGGACUGGCUAAAACCUGGUACGAAAGUCUAGAUUCGAUACUCUAUAGCUGGAAUGAGUGGCAGACUAAAUUAAUUAAUGCAUUUCCAUGCGAACAGAAUUUUGGUCAGUCCCUGGAGGAUAUGUUGAACCGUAGGUGUAAGUUUAAUGACUCAAUUGAAAUCUAUUAUUACGAAAAACUGGCGCUUUUAAACCAAUGUGAAAUAACGGGUAAGAAAGCCGUCGAUUGCAUCAUACACGGCAUUAACGAUAGAACUUUGAGGUCUAGUGCCUUAGCAUUGCGUUGUGUUGAGCCUGAUCAACUUUUAAAAUUUUUGUGUAGCAACAACGAAGAAAGUUUAACUCAACAAAUUUCAAAUAAUAACAGCAACUUGAACUCGACAAAUAACGAUAAACCGAACAAUAAAUUCAACUCUAAUGGACCUUUAAAUCAGUAUAUAAGAUGCUACAAUUGUAAAGAAAUUGGACAUCCCUAUCAGAAAUGCACAAAGCCCUUAGUCCGGUGUAAUAAAUGCAAUAGGGUAGGUCAAUGUGUUGAAAGUUGUUCAGAAUCAGGAACUACGAAUAAACCCAACGUUGUAUAGAAAACUACCGUAGCUAUAGACCGAAUAAAACCAUGGAUUCGUUUAGGGGUUUUAGAAGUUUUAGAGGUUGAUGAUGGAACGGACUCUGUGGAUGAUGCAAACGAUGAUGAAAUAGCGGAAUAUCAGAUUGACUUUUGAGUUUUUAUAUGAAACAAGCUUCCGCCCGUGGCUUCACCCGCGUAGAGUUCGGUUAUGGCGCGGUUCCAGGAGAAUUCUUUAAAAACCCGGGAUGAAAGUAUUCUAUGUUCUUUCUCAAGGUCAACUCUAUCUCUGCACCAAAUUUUAUUAGAAUCAGUUCAGUGGUUUAGACGUGAAAACGUAACAGAUAGACAGACAGACAGAGUUACUUUCACAUUUAUAAUAUUAAGUAGGGAUUCAUAUUUUUACGUUAUUUCAUCUUUCUACAAAAUGUUAAAAUGUAUUUUAAUUUUAUUACAACAUGUUAUUCUAUUUUUAUUUAAAUGCACUUUUAUGAUUUACAUACCUCCUAGUUUCAGGUAUACACAAUUAGUUAAUCCGGUUUACCGUUACUGUAUUUUAUUUAUCUUGUUCCAGGUCGAGGGCGAAAUGGAGUCGAGCCUCGACCUGUCAAGAUGUUUGAAGUCCUUGAAAAUGGAGUUCGAGGCAAAUAUUUGGUUAUUUAAUAAGUCCUUGAAAAUGGAGUUCGAGGCAAGUUUAUGGUUAUUUAAGUCCUUGAAAAUGGAGUUCGAGGCAAGUUUAUGGUUAUUUAAGUCCUUGAAAAUGGAGUUCGAGGCAAUUUUGGUUAUUUAAGUCCUUGAAAAUGGAGUCAAGGCAAGCUUAUGGUUAUUUAAGUCCUUGAAAGUGGAGUCAAGGCAAGCUUAUGGUUAUUUAAGUCCUUGAAAGUGGAGUCAAGGCAAGCUUAUGGUUAUUUAAGUCCUUGAAAGUGGAGUCAAGGCAAGCUUAUGGUUAUUUAAGUCCUUGAAAGUGGAGUCAAGGCAAGCUUAUGGUUAUUUAAGUCCUUGAAAAUGGAGUCAAGGCAAGCUUAUGGUUAUUUAAGUCCUUGAAAGUGGAGUCAAGGCAAGCUUAUGGUUAUUUAAGUCCUUGAAAGUGGAGUCGAGGCAAGUUCAUGGUUUUAAGGCUUAAGUCCUAGACAAAUAGGUUUAGACAAAUCAUUGGUUAUAAUUAUUGGAUGGUUAGAUUAUUUCUCGAAAAUGGAGUUCGAGAUACCUAGUUAACAAAACAUAAUAAUUGUAUUAAUAUUGUUUUCAAGUUAUUAUUCUUUUGGAGUUGUAAAUUAAAUGAGUUUUGUUUAGGUAUAAUGAUUUAACAAAUUUAAUAGUUGGUUCAUAGUUCUGUUCAAUAUAGAUUUUUCUUUUUAUUAGAAUCAGAAUUAUAGCUAUGUAUUGAUUUGACGCUUAUCGCAAAUAUUUGUAUUGUAAUUAUUUUUUUUUAUUAAAUUAUUUGAUUUCUCGAGGACACGAUCAGCCAAGUGUAAGGUCCGUUUGGUGAAUACGUGUAUGAGGACAUACACGACAUCAGGAUGGUCGAGUGUAAGGUUUUACAAUUUAAUAGUGUUUAAAACUCUUUCGAUUGUAAAACUGGCAACUGACAACUGACGUCAGACGGAACGCGGGUUUCUUUAAAAAAAAAGAAAAACAAAAGAAGGGGAAUAAAAGACGGGACUUAGCUGGUCGGGGUUGGCUUUGGUAGUUAGCGAUUUGAAUGCUGGUAAUUUUGUGUUUGAUUUAGAUACGAAUACAUACGAAUUUGUGAAACUUGAGAAUAAAUGCUCAUUGUAAACUGAAUUAGUAAACUGGUUUUUCUCCAACGAGUAUACUAGAGACACUUUCCACCACUACAACCAGAAGAGUCUUACACAUGUAAGGUGAUCAGCCAUCUGCGCAGGACUUAUUAUAGUGCACAAGCAUUUGUGCAUACACAAGUGCACUCACUAUUCCUUCACUCUCAUAGCCCGAUGGGACAGCAAUCCGACACGACCGGAGAGAGACCAGGCGCAGGACCGACAUUAAUAUGCUCCAAAUAGCACAUCUAGGUAAUUGUACAUACAAUGUUCUCGACCUCAAUUUGAGUCCCAUGUUUCUAACGUCCCAGAUUUGAUCUAGAUAAAAGAAAUCAAAACACAUCUUGACAGAUUUACAUUGAAGUUCCAUUUAAAAGGUGACAAGAUCAUUACAGUCCGGCGAGACAUAAAUCGAGUCUGUGAGCUGUUACAGAGAAAUUACUCAGCAAUAAAACCUGGGAAUUGAACUGUCUAAAGCUAUCACACUAGUGGAUUUGACGCGCGGCACAUACAUCGUUACACAAACCUAUCAUGCUGUUUCA